UAAUUGAGCAAUAAAAAUUAUGAAUAAUAUCUAGUGAUAAUUAGUAAGUCAGUGAGAGCUUGAUUACAAGAGUGUAUUGAAGAUAAGAAUGAAAGAUUUGAUCAAGAAUGAUCGUAUGUAUACAUGGCUAUUUUUACAGCUAUUUAUUAGUCUAAUUUCUACUUCUUCCCCAAGAUUAGCACUUGCUCCCUCUUUUUGCUCCACGUCUAACAACCGGUUUCUAUCCUCACUCUCUUUGACUUUGUAUGCUGCUAACGGCUCCUUAGUCUUAUCCCUUUAUCUCGAACGGACUAUUUUCUUCCACCUAUGGGCUAUGAGACUUAAUAUUAUUCCUGGCCUAUUAUCUGUGUUUGGUCAGCCUCUGUGAUCGGCCCAUCUGUAAGCAAAAUCAGUGGCCCAACAGUAAGCUUCCUCCAUUAAUGGCUGUUCCAGAGUUUAGCCACGACGCAAGCAGCAGCGACAUCAGAGGGUCCAUCGGCCUGAAACGCAGCGCUAUCGCUCGUCUCCGGCAGCCAGCCAUUGGUCGCUCUUCCGCCUGGCCAGCCACUGCUCGGAUCUCAACCCCUGCCAAAGUGACUUGAAGGAUUUUUCAGCUGAGAAUCCUUGGUUUCCGCCAUUAAUGGUGGCUUGGAGCUCAGGAAGGUUACAUACUAAGCUCAGCAGAUCUUCCACGAAGCCAGACCCUGUGGCUAGCUGUUGUUCCGCAGCAACCGCCCGCGCGUACCGCCAUCGGUAGGUUGCCGGGGCAUGUAGUCCGGCCUUGAGUCAGUCAACGGGUGUUCAUCUGCCUUCCAAAAAGGAUACUGCGUAUCUACUUCCCUUGGUCGCCAGCGGUCCACGUCCGUGGAGGUAAGGACAGCAGACGGGAGCUCGAAUAUGCAGGCCUCUCCAUGAUUUUGGGCGGUGCCAUCCACUCAUGACUGCAAGAGCUAAGUCCCAACUUUUAAAUUAUACGAUUAAUUGCUACUCCGUGAUAGCUUUUAAAUAGUAUUAUUGCUAGUAUUUUUAUCACCAUUAUUUGAUAGGGAUUAAAAUAUCUCGAAAUUAAAUUGUGUUGAGCGAAGCUCUAGUGAUAAAUGACUGUGUUGGUGGGCUUGUGAGCCCACCCAUUCGGCUUUAAUAAGCAAUCGGAGCAUAUCUGAAUGGCAUGUAGUAUAUUACUAUUACCUAUUAUAUCACUAUUAUUAGUUAUGGAUUAAAAUAUCCCGAAAUUAAAUAACUCCAGGGAUAGUCUAUCCCAUCAUUAAUGCAAUGUAAUGACUAUUUUGGUGGGGCCGUUGGCCCAUUCCCGAUCGGCUUUAAUUAGCAAUUGGAGGGUCUCCGAGGGGCAUUGCCCCAAUGACGCGUUUUAUUUUAGGGUACACACGAUCUCGUGCGACACCAAGUGAUCGGUCGACGAUCGUACCCUAGUACCAUUUACGCCACUAGGCGCUAGGUGAUUGUUUGUUGAUCACGACCGUGGGGCCUGAGGGCACCGAGGUGCUCAAUCUCAUUCUUCUGAGGGCAACGUGCCUAGUGUAGGGUCAACUUUUUCAGCUCACAGACCGAUGAUUAUCUGUUCCUUUGUGACGUCCGGCAAACCACUAGGUGGCCUUGCCGUGGACAGCUACUGUAACACCGUCCCCAAAUUAUAUUUUCUUUCGCGUUAAUAGUAUAUUGCCCGUGGGGCCCACAUCGGGAGCGGGGGUCGCCCGACAUUCCCGAAACCAUACAUUUUAUUCAUCUUGGUCUAGAUAAUAAAUAUAUAAUGGUGGAUAUUUCAUUUGGGCCAUGGGAAGGUCCAGAGUUGACCGAUUGGUCAAAAGAGGCCCAAUUACCGGUAUUGGUAAUUUAUCAGAUAACAGCCCGAAACGGAUUUCGGAGACUCCUAAAUUACAGAUGAGGAAUGUAUAUUCAUUCUAAGAGUCCAUAAUGUUGGGAAACACAUAAUAUAUUUUAUUUGACCCGAUAAAAUAAAAUAUAAUUAAAAUAGUCCGAAAAAUACAAAAUUCGGAACCGAUUGCACACAUCGGGACACAAAGGGCCUCCCACAUGGGUGGGGGCCAACCCACGAAAUUAGCCACUCAAUUAAGAGGGUUGGCCGGAUGGGGUGAUGGGAGUGCAUGGGAGGGGAGUGUGAAAGGAGGGAAAUGGCAUCAAAGGUACAAUAGGGGACCCAUCCCCACAUUAUUUUGGGAGAAAAGCCAAAGAGGCUAUCUCCUCACUCACCCACACCAUUAUUUUCGGCCAAGCUACCAAAAGAGGGGGGAAAGGAAGCUCUCAAGUCAUCCUCCAUUGCUGCAACUCGAGCUCAAACAAAGGUGGCCCAAGGAAGAAGAUUAUAGGAGGAAAAAAGCUAGGAAGAAGUGUGAAAUUUAAGGAACUUGACUAAAGGGUUUCUAGAGUUCACCAGAAUUUCGCCGGAGUUCGCCGGAGUUUCGCCGGAGUUCAACCGAGGAGCGUAGAACGCGCUUAAGCUCAUUUAAGGUUGAAGCUAGGGCUUGCUACCUGCAUCUUUCUACAGGUGACAUCAAAUCAAGGAAGACGUGGUUCGUGCUUCCUCGUUUUCUUUCAAAUUACCUAACAUUGCUCAUGGAUAUUUUUAUUUGUUAUAAACUAUUUUUGGGCUAGCAUGCCCAUGUUAUUGGCCGAAUUUGGCCUAUGAAUUACCGCUGAAUAUUUCCGCUAUUCGAUGGUUUAAUUGUGAUAUUUGUUAUGUAUGUUUACUACUGAGUAUGGAUGGAUUGUUAUUCUCGAACGCCUUGUAUGAUUUAGUGAGGUUGACAUGCGGGUGACGUCACUCGAUUAUACGGCGGUUGUACACGCGCUCAGAUUUCGGUCUGGGGCGUGACAGCUACAUCCAAGAACCACACACGACGAGCUGGGCUAAGGGUCAUGGUAACCCGUAGGCCGGUAAUCGUAAGAGUGGAAAAAAGAAAGGCAUACAUAUGGUUAUUUAUAUGAGUAUAUAUAUUGUCGGGCUAUGCGGCCCUGUUACCAUGCUUAUUAUACAGCCAAGGCAGCUCGAUGUGCUUGAGCAGAGAAAUUAUAGAAUGCUGGACAUGAGUCGUGAGGACGUUCAAAGCCGGCUAAACGGAAGGAAUCGCGACAACGGGUAUGUCAUGAUAUCAUGUGACGAUCGGCCCCUCGACCCGACAUCGUCACAUGUUUUGAAGACCGGUCUCAUCCCUGCCCCGCGCGGAUGAGGGCUGUUGAACGGACAUUUGUGGAUCGGCCUUUCAAUGCUGACAUCCUUAUAUCAUGACCAGCCAUUCGGCACGGCGUGCUCACUUACUCGACGACCGGCCUUGUCCCCGCUCCCCGUGGAUAAGGACCAUUGAUUGAUUCUUUCAGAUCGGCCCCAGUGCCGACAUCUUUACAUGGCCACGACCCCUUGGUACGAUGCCAUUAUUAUAUUUGAAGACCGGCCUUGUCCCCGCUCCUCGCGGAUGAGAACCGUUGGUUGAUUCUUUCAGAUCGACCCCCAGUGCCGGCAUCUUUACAUGGUCACCGACCCCCUGGUUGGUACGGUGCCAUCAUCAUAUUUGAAGACCGAUCUCAUCCCCGCGCUGCGCGGAAAAGAGCCGUUGCUCGGAUGUUUCGGCCUGACUCGGAACUGUUGUCCUCUACUUAUCAGGAUCGACUGCCCAGUGACAAUCCUGCUCAGUGACAGUGGUUAUCUAUAUCAAUAUUGGUUCCCAAUGCUGAAUUUCUGGAGUUAGCGAUCGAGCUCACUACUCCUCUCCCAGAUGGUGACCAUCGCCUUCGCACGACGACCGGUUCUGCACCUCCUCAUCAUCACAUUUUGGAUCGGUAUCCCAACACCAUCAGAUUUGGAACUACUUGUAUUCAUUUAGGGAACCGACAAACGCCCCAUUCAAAAAAAAAGUAAGACCAAGAGUACCGUCGAUCCGGCGAGAAGGCAUUCAACAAAAAAAAGACCAAGAGUACCGCCGAUCCGGCGAGAAGGCAUUCAACAAAAAAGAAAGCAAGACCAAGAGUACCGCCGAUUCGGCGAGAAGGCAUUCAACAAAAAAAGAAAGUAAGACCAAGAGUACCGCUGAUCCGGCGAGAAGGCAUUCAACAAAAAAAAGGAAGUAAGACCAAGAGUACCGCCGAUCCGGCGAGAAGGCAUUCAACAAAAAAAGAAAGUAAGACCAAGAGUACCGUCGAUCCGGUGAGAAGGCAUUCAACAAAAAAAGAAAGCAAGACCAAGAGUACCGUCGAUCCCUCGAGAAGGCGUUCAACAAAAAAGAAAGUAAGACCAAGAGUACCGCCGAUCCCGCGAGAAGGCAUUCAACAAAAAAAAGAAAGUAUGACCAAGAGUACCGCUGAUCCGGCGAGAAGGCAUUCAACAAAAAAAGAAAGUAAGACUAAGAGUACCGCCGAUCCGGCGAGAAGGCAUUCAACAAAAAAGAAAGAAAGUAAGAUCAAGAGUACCGCCGAUCCGGCGAGAAGGCAUUCAACAAAAAAAAAGUAAGACCAAGAGUACGGCCGAUCCGGCGAGAAGGCAUUCAACAAAAAAAGAAAGUAAGACCAAGAGUACCGCCGAUCCGGCGAGAAGGCAUCAAAAAAAAAAGUGAGACCAAGAGUACCUCUGAUCCGACGAGAAGGCAUUCAACAAAAAAAGAAAGUAAGAGCAAGAAUAGCGCUGAUCCGGCGAGAAGGCAUUAAAAAAAAAGUAAGACCAAGAGUACCGCCGAUCCGGCGAGAAGGCAUUCAACAAAAAAAGAAAGUAAGACCAAGAGUACCGUCGAUCCAGUGAGAAGGCAUUUAACAAAAAAAAAGUAAGAUCAAGAGUACCGUCGAUCCGGCGAGAAGGCAUUCAACAACAAAAAAUAAGACCAAGGGUACCGCCGAUCCGGCGAGAAGGCAUUCAACAAAAAAGAAAGUAAGACCAAGAGUACCGCCGAUCCGGCGAGAAGGCAUUCAACAAAAAAAUAAAGUAAGACCAAGAGUACCGCCGAUCCGGCAAGAAGGCAUUCAACAAAAAAAGAAAGUAAGACCAAGAGUACCGCCGAUCCGGCAAGAAGGCAUUUAACAAAAAAAGAAAGUAAGACCAAGAGUACCGCUGAUCCGGCGAGAAGGCAUUCAACAAAAAAUAAAGUAAGACUAAGAGUACCGUCGAUCCCGCGAGAAGGCAUUCAACAAAAAAAGAAUGUAAGAUCAAGAGUACCGCCGAUCCGGUGAGAAAGCCUUCAACAAAAAAAGAAAGUAAGACCAAGAGUACCACCGAUCCGGCGAGAAGGCAUUCAACACAAAAAAGAAAGUAAGACCAAGAGUAACGCCGAUCCAGCGAGAAGGCAUUCAACAAAAAAAGAAAGUAAUACCAAGAGUACCGCCGAUCCGGCGAGAAGGCAUUCAACAAAAAAAGAAAGUAAGAUCAAGAGUACCGCCGAUCCGGUGAGAAGGCAUUCAACAACAAAAGUAAGACCAAGAGUACCGCUGAUCCGGGGAGAAGGCAUUCAACAAAAAAAUAAGAUCAAGAGUACUGCCUAUCCAGCAAGAAGGCAUUCAACAAAAAAGAAAGUAAGACCAAGAGUAUCGUUGAUCCAGCGAGAAGGCAUUCAACAAAAAAAAAUAAGACCAUCUUAUGCAGCACGAUCGGCCCCUUAGCGUCAUCAUGUCUAGUUCACGGUCGGGUUCUCCCAUUCCUUCCUGGAUGGGGACCACCGUCUUAUGCACAUCGUAUCUCCGGGCCGUCGCCUUUAUAUAUGCGGGGGCUUCUAAGCUUCUCGGUUGGAAAGCCGAGUUAGAGUCCUUUACUCCCGCGUGAUACAUUCAGGGGAAGAGUGUCCGGGGAAGAGCGUCCCUUGCCUGAUCCAGUCGGGAAGGGGAGCACCUUACCGGCAGAUUACGUUCAGAGGGGCAGACACCCACUCAUGUAGUAGGAUUGCUUGAAGACACAGGUCCAAGGAAGACAAAGGAAGAGCGCGGACAAGAGUAUACUUUCUCGAGCAGAUUCACAUGCUCAUUACUCAAGAAACUGGGGGACUUGUGUUGAGAUAUAUAACCCCGACCUACCACUGUUCAGGAGACUAAGAAAUUACUUAGCAUGGAGCCCAAUCGGUGAGGCCCGUUUAGGCCUAUCAGGCCUGUACCGGCCCAUUCGAUCCAUCGUGGCCCAUUAGGGUGGAGUACCCCUCCCCCUUUCCUCUAUAAAUAGGAGGAUUUCCCUCCUAAUAAAGGAUCCUUCUCUUCCUCCUCUCUCUCUUUAGUUAGCUUGAAUACUCCAUUAAUGGGAACUUGUAAUGGUGAGUAGAGCAUUAAUAAAAUGAGCGGGUUAAGAUAUUAACCUAGAAAGUCCCGUGGUUUUCUCCCUUUCCGAUUUUCCACGUAAAAACAGAGAGUUUAUACAUAUUUAUAUUUAUAUUUAUUAUAUCGUGUUUGAUUAAACUCAACAUCAUAUAAGCUAUUUUAAGUAUAAAAAAUAGUGUAAACACUACCAAUUUUGUGUUACAUUUCAACGCAUAUUUAACACGUUGUAGAAGGAAAACAUAAAUAUACUUAAAGUUCUAAAAUACUUCUCUGAUGUUAACAAUAUUAAAUCUUUACAUAAAAAUAAUAUAAAGGAAGCAUUGGACACAAUUUUUUUUUUAAUUUUCAAAUUCAAUAUAUUCGUUAAUUUGUUUUGGGUUAUUUUAAUUGAUUUGUUUUUUAUAUGUUUAAAGACAAUAAGGGCUAAUUUGCUCCUUUGGAUCGGAGGAAUAUAAGGGGUAUAUUUGCACGUUUAGAAAUUUAGGGACAUAUGUGCAUCUCCGCUUAUACUUUAAGAAUGUAUUUACACUUUCCCCUUUCAAAAUAGUGGGGAGGGCCACCAAAAAGAUAUGUGAAGACUAUCAUGGAAAGAACACAUACACUCUACUUAGUGUCAUUAGUAAUAAAGAGUUAGAAUGGAACAAUUAAGUAUUUUUCAAUUAAAAAUAAAACAGAUAAAACAUCAAAUGUAAUAAACUUUGGUUUGAGAGAAUAUGUGUAACCAUUAAAGCCCAAUUCAGAUCAUUAGGUUUGUUUGGAUAAAUUAAGAAACUGGGUUGGGUCUUGCUACUGCCCAAAACCUUAACCCAAUACAAUUAAUACUUACAGUUUUGAAAUAAUGGGAAAGGUUACCCUAAUGAAGGACCUCACAGAUAUAUUUAUAAUAAAAUUUGAGUUUCCAAAAUACAUAGGAUUCCUAACAUAGAUAAAUUAUUACACCUCCUCAAACUAUGUGAAAGAUACAACACACAUGUUGUCCUUUAAAAAAUGAAAUUGCUGACUACAUAAAAUUUUAGUAAAAAUAUCAUCCAGGUGUGGGCGGGUAGGAAUAUACUUCACAACCAGAUCCCCAUGAGUCACAUGUUCUCGAACAAAAUAGUAAUCGAUCUGAAUAUGCUUGCUCCGUGCAUGUUGAACAGGAUUAGCAGUCAAAUAACAGGCAAAAAUAUUAUCACAAAAAGCUGAACAGGUACUCAAACCGGGAAGCCGAGCUCAUAGAGAAUAGAACGUAUGUGCAACGUGUCUUGGACAGUGUAGGCAAUAGCUCUAUAUUCUGCUUCUGUGGAGGAUUUAGAGACAAUAUGAUGCUCUUUAGACUUCCAAGUCCCAGUGGUGGAGCACGAAGUAUUUGGACACCCAGUCCAAUCAACAUCUGAAUAAGCAAUUACACAAGUGGCUCGUGGCCUUGUGUAGAGGGGCGAGCCAUAAAUCAUGAUCAAGCAUUCCCUUCACAUAUCUUAAAAUCGUCUCAACUGCAAAGAGGUGAGUAGUGUGGGGGGCAUGCAUAAAUUGAGACACAAAAUGCACAACAUAGGUAAUAUCAGACCGUGUCAAAAUUAAAUACUGUAAUGCACCAACCAUACUAUACUCAGUGACAUCUGGCAAAAGUUCACCAUCAGUGAGAGGGUAAUGCGAGUGGUAAGAGGUGUACGAACAAACUUGAUAGUGUGUUAAGAGAAAACGAGACAGAAGAUCAGAAACAUAUUUAUGUUGGGACAAAAAAGAUCUUUGGAAGUGCGGAGAGCAUGAACGCCUAUAAAAUAGUGAAGAUCACCAAUCAUUCAUAGCAAAAUUUCGGCAAUUAAAUUAAUAAAAGAGGUGGUAACAGAGGAGGAAUUUCUGAAUAGAUCCAUCAACCAUUCCGAAGAGAGCCUGGGAAACCAAGAAUGACUCGAACUGAGUGCGCCAGGUGAUAUAGUCUUCUACAGCUUUGAGUUUGGUAGUCACAAUUUGGGCAACAUUAGCAGAAACGUGAGAUAAGGAUUGAGACAAAGUUGCCAUAGAAGUCGACGAUGUGCGGCGAUGGGAAAGUAACUAUCGGGGAAGGAGACCCAACUUGCUGCUGCCACAGAAAGUGAAACGGAAGGCUCUCGAACAGAGAAUAGGAGCCGAAAGCUACUGCACACGACAGUGGAGGGUCAUGGAUGGUAGUCAUUCCAGGUAACGUCACCGGCAGUGACACACCCAAAGUAGUGGUGCCGGUAUGAGGAGAGAGACUGAAGGUUCUACAACGGCGGAAAACUGAGAGUUAAGAGCAAUGGUGUGCACGGUUGAGGAGGAAGACUCCUAUGCGGAAGAAGAUGUAGCAAAGAAGGUCGUUGUUGCGGCGAAAGCUUGAGGGUCCAUAGCUACUGCUGCGUACGCGAAAAAAGUUAGGAUCUUCUUCCGUACGAAAAUUGUUGCAAUAAUAUUCUCUAGUGUCGUUGCCGCUAAAGAACUCCUUAGUCGCGAAAGACUCCUAUAUUGUUGAUUGUCAAAAGUAAAUCAAAGGGGCACUUAAACAUUGGACUUGACAAAUCCUAAAAUUCAUCCAAAAAUGUUAAUCAAUCCUAUAUAUGAAAUGGAAAUCAG